AUGUCUCUAAGAUCUAGACCUUCACAAUUUCGGAAUUUUUACCUAUCCUUCCCGCACGAAAAAGUCCUUCUAAUCACAUUAAACCGUCCAGAAAAACUCAAUUGCAUUGAUAAAGCGACGAGUCGCGAGAUACAAGAAGUCUGGGACCUCUUCGAUCGAGAUGGAAGCUUAUGGGUGGGCAUCAUUACAGGAACUGGAAGAGCAUUCUGUACUGGGGCUGAUCUAGAAGAAUGGAACGAAAUGAACAAAGCCGGAGUAAUCAAUGAUAUGGAUGCUCCCGGUCUCGCUGGACUACCCCGUCGGAGUGGCAAGAAACCGAUUAUCGCAGCAGUGAACGGCAUAUGCAUGGGAGGAGGUUUUGAGAUGGUAGCCAAUUGCGACCUCGUGUUAGCUUCAUCCACAGCAAUCUUUUCUUUACCCGAAGUAAAGCGAGGGAUCGUCCCUGUAGCGGGCUGUUUGCCGCGGCUGACCCGCACCCUUGGAUUACAACGGACUAUGGAUCUCGUUCUGACUGGCCGCACAGUCAAUGCCGCAAAACUUUACGACUGGGGGCUUAUCACACAAAUAGUAGAUGCUACUGAUGAAGUUGCUGAUGCUGCAAUUCAACUUGCCUCACAAAUGUGUCAAAACAGCCCAGAUGCGCUAUUUGUCGGUCGUCUCGGAGUUCGGCUGAGUUGGGAAACAAAUAGCGUGGAGGAUGCUGUGUCGGCACUAGCGGACCAGUGGUACCCUCACCUAGUCAAGGGCACCAAUUUCACCGAAGGCAUCCAGGCGUUUGUGGAGAAACGACCACCGAGCUGGGUGAACCCGAAGCUGUGA